AUUUUCUGUACAUGUUACGGACUCUUGUGGCCGGUGCGCGACGUUGUAUCCGCGCGAUGUCCGCUGUCACGAUGCAAAAGCCGGAGGUGGUGUUCAUCCUAGGCGGCCCGGGUGCUGGCAAGGGCACGCUCUGCCGCUACAUUGUCGAGCAUUACGGUUAUGUUCAUCUAUCGGCUGGUGAUCUGCUGCGCGAGGAACGUGCCAAACCCUGCUCAGAGUAUGGCGAGCUCAUCGAAACACAUAUCAGAAACGGUACGAUCGUCCCGGUGGAGAUCACCUGUAGCCUCAUCGAUCGCGCCAUGCAGACAUCCGAGAAUCCGCAUCACCGGUUUCUCAUCGACGGCUUUCCCAGGAAUCAGGAUAAUCUUGACGGUUGGACUAAGAUGAUGGCUGACAAAGUUAUCCUCAAGGGCGUAAUAUUCUGCGAGUGCAGUGAAGAAGUUUGUACUCAGCGUUGCCUGAAACGUGGUGCCAGUGGAAGCGGGCGCAGCGAUGACAAUGAGCAGUCUUUGGUCCUGCGUCAUCAAACUUACCUAAAAAAUACUUUACCGAUCAUAGAAAUGUAUGAGCAGCAAGGUUUAGUUUAUAAAGUUAAUUCUAUGAAAACACCGGAAGAGGUCUUUCAGGACGUUGCAGAAUUCUUUCCUAAGAUAGGAUGGCACCGAUGUUGGGCGAGGCUGAUUCUCCGAUGUGGGCCUCACGAAAGUUCGUUCACGUUACAUUUUUCGACUACAGUGUCGAGAAAGUCGAAUACUGGUCAAUGUCCUGACAAGCAAUCACACAUAUUACGUAGAGGGGACUACAUUUACAGCAGCCGGGGGCGAAUUUCUUCACGAAACGAUGCCGGUAGAAAUUCGGCGACUUGACGAGAAACUCCGACAACCG